AUGAAUAACACAGAUAACAAUUCCAUCUCUUUGCUACACGCCAUGUACAAUGAGAUACUAUCUUUGAAGGCAGGCCAAGAAAAGGCCAAAUUUGAAAUGAAGGCACAGAUCGAAGAGUUGAAGCUCAAAAUGAAGACGAGCAUUGAAGAUUUGAAUUUGGAGAUUACUGCUCUCCAGAGCCAACUGGAGAAUAGAAACAUUUCCAACCAACACACUUUGCCUUCUGUCUCUGCCAUUUCUAGUGCUAAUACCAUCCGCAAACCGGUGAGCAUAUUCCGUGAAAUAACUUUAAAGCAUAUCUUCAAGAUGAUAAGUGAAGACCUUGGCAUUGAAGUAACAAGUAACGAAAAGGCCACACUCGAUAUGUGUACAAAGCUUAUAUGUGAUGAUAUGGCUGCCCAUCCUUCAGUGAUUGCUCUUGGUCCUAAUCCUAGCUGGGGGUCUAUACCAGUAGCACUUAAGAAAGAAAUGUGUGCCAGGCACGCAAAUAUAAUGAAGGAUUCUGGUAUAGACUUCACUAGAUGUCUUGGAAACUGGGCAUCAACUGCAAGAGUUGCACAUCUCUGGAGGGACCGCCAUAAAAUAUUACAGUCUUACGUUGAUGUAUCAUCAAGCAGUUCUGCAGAGAAGGCUUCACGAAAGGUUCAAAAAGGCAAAGAGAAAGUCUCGACUAGUGAACGAGAACAGUGGGACAUGGCUAGAGAGAUUGCACUAAUGCAAUUGAUCUACAAUUGUUGCCCUUUUACCAAUGAUCAUGGCGACAAGUCCUUGGCAUGGGAUGAGGUUACAGCCAAUGUAAACAGUGUUGAGCACACUCAUCUGCACCCACUUACAGCAAAGGGUGUCAGAGCAAGAAAGAAUUUGCUGUUCAAGAAGUUGAAUCUGGUUGUCAACAAAGACAAUGAGAGAUCCUUAUCUGUGUCCAACCCACACAUUCCAGAGAAACUCUUAAGACUGAUAUAUGAUGUAUACACAGCCGAAAACUUAAGCGGUAAUGACGACAGCUCUGACUCUGACUCUGACUCUGACUCUGACGUCUCUCAUGACAGGAAAAAUCCCCAAUCUUCAAGCAUGGCCAACAAGUCUGCGAGUCUUUUGAAGCAACAGUUAGACAUUCUUCAACAACAACAGCACACCAACAAUCUUGUACUGGAGGAGUUAAAGAAAACAAGUCAGUCAAAUGCAGUUCUUGCUGAAUCAAAUCAGACAAUUGCUGAUUCAAAUAAGGCCAUUGCCAAAUCUAAUUCAACUCUUGCUAAAUCUCUUUUGACAAUUGCUGACUCUAUUUCUGCCUUUGUUGAAUCUUAUAAAAAUAACAAGUAA